GGAUGGCACUCAAAGGACUGUGAUUAUUUUUAACUAAUUAAUAUUUUCUUGAAGAUACGUAAUCCAUCAAAAGUUAUCGACCUAUUUUCAAUUUGACAUUGCACCGCGUGACGCGUUGUUAGUUACUUGAGUUAGAAAUGGAAAUUUAGGAGCAAAGCAUUUCCCAUGAAUUCAUAAUUUGCAUACAAAGCACUUUUGAAUAUAAUUGAUUGGGCUGACCCAGCAAAGGAUAUACAAAAACGCCGUGCUGGCAGUGUUGGGUCAGAUGAAGACGACGCAAGUGGUGGGAAAUACACAAGGAUGGAGGAGGACAACAUUCAGGACAAGGAGAGAUUCGCAAGCCGCGAGAACCAUUGUGAAAUUGAACGUCGCCGAAGAAACAAGAUGACGGCAUAUAUUACGGAACUAUCGGAUAUGGUUCCAACAUGCUCCGCCCUAGCGCGGAAGCCAGACAAACUUACCAUACUGCGUAUGGCAGUAGCCCAUAUGAAAGCCUUAAGAGGCACUGGCAACACUUCGACUGAUGGUACUUACAAACCGUCGUUUUUAACUGAUCAAGAACUGAAGCACUUGAUUCUUGAAGCAGCUGAUGGAUUUUUAUUUGUUGUCAGUUGCGACACUGGACGUAUUAUUUACGUCAGUGAUAGUAUAGCUCCAGUAUUGAACUACUCUCAGGGAGAGUGGUAUUCUUCUUGUUUAUAUGAUCAAGUACAUCCCGACGAUGUAGAAAAAGUAAGGGAACAGUUAAGCACUCAAGAACCACAGAACACAGGUCGCAUAUUGGAUCUUAAGACGGGAACAGUGAAAAAAGAAGGUCAUCAAUCGUCUAUGCGUCAAGUGAUGGGUUCCCGCCGAGGUUUCAUAUGCCGUAUGCGGGUCGGUGGUUCUGCGGAAGGCGCUCACCUAGGAAGACUGCGUGCGCGCAACUCAUUAGGUCCUUCGCACGACGGUCAUAAUUAUGCCGUUGUCCAUUGCACUGGAUAUAUAAAAAAUUGGCCACCUACAGAUCUGUUUCCAGGUAUGCAGAUGGAUCGCCCUAUUCAGGAAGAACUUGACACGUCUCAUUGUUGCUUAGUUGCUAUUGGAAGAUUGCAGGUGACAUCUACACCAAAUUCUUCAGAGAACAGUUUAUGUAGUGGAGGAGUAGAGUUUGUGUCGCGACAUUCAGUGGAUGGCCGCUUCACGUUCGCUGACCAGCGUGCAACGCAGGUGGUUGGGUACGCGCCUGCCGAUCUACUGGGGAAACUGUGCUACGAAUUCUAUCAUCCUGAGGACCAACAACAUAUGAGAGAUAACUUUGACCAAGUAUUAAAACUAAAAGGGCAAAUUAUAUCACUGAUGUAUCGGUUUCGCACGAAAAACAGAGAGUGGGUUUGGCUAAGAACUUCGGCCUUCGCCUUUUUGAAUCCUUAUAAUGACGACGUUGAGUACAUUGUUUGCACAAACAUGUUGGCUAACCGGUCAUUAGGUAGUACUACUGGCGAACCUGCUCCGGAAGAAAACUACGAUUACCAUUUACGGCAUCGUGACGUAUACCAAGCUCAAGCACCGAAUCUCCAUCAGCAGCACCACGCCCCACCACCAGUGAGCGGAGGCGGCGGAGUGACGGCGCGGUCGCCGGGCGAGGCGGGCGUGGCGCCGGGCGCGCCGGCCGCGCCGCCCUACGCGCCGCACUACGCGCCCGACUACUCGCCGCACCGCCCCACCAACACGCCGCCGCACACCACCUGGACCACGCUGCGCACCAGCGGCGGCGCUGGCGGCGAAAGCUACGCGUACAGCAGCGAGGCAGGCGGCGGCGCGGGCGCGGCGGACGCGUCGCCGGCGCGGUCCCCGCCCGCGCCCGCCUACCUGCCGCCCGCCGCGCACUACCACCACAACCACCACCCACACCCCUCGCACGGCAUGUGGUCCUGGCAGGGCGGCGCGGCCGGGCCGGCGGGGACGGGCGCGGCCGAGGGAGCGCAUGCGCCGCAUGAGCUCACCGACAUGCUGCAGAUAUUGGACCAGAGCGGGACUGCUACUUUUGAAGAUCUAAACAUAAAUAUGUUCAAUUCGAACUUUGAGUAAUGUUAGUUGUAAAAAUGUGUACCUAAUUUAACUUGUGAAUCUAAGAACUGAGAAUAUUUCGCUUCCAGCAACGAAGUUUAUAAAAAGAAACGACGUUGUACGUUACUAUUUCUCACUUACAUUAUAAAAAAUUAUGGGUUUAAAAUUUUUGAAUUAAAUUUAUUAUUUCGAUUACAGAGUUGUAGAUUCAGGUCAAUUUUCUGACGAAGUUGAUUAUAUAUUAUCUCACGCUAUUAUCAAAUAAAACACGUACAUCCUACCCAUCACAUAAAAAACCUCUCCUCUUUUAUUAUGGCACUGCUAUGUGGGUUUGAUGGAUAGGUUUCAGGCAUAAAUUAAAACAGCAAAGGUCUUUCUUGAACUGAAUUUUACUACUAUUUAUCGAAAUAUUAAAUCUUGUGUGAUGAUGAUUCUGCAUAGUCGUUGGAUUGAAUAUUACGUUAGCAAGAAAACAUUUAAGUGCUUUUUUCUGUGUAAAUAGUAUUAUCUGGCAGCUACCAAAGUUAAUUGAUCAUAAUGUAGAAAUACUUAAUCGACUAUACAGAAUUAACUCAACAUAUCUUUUUUUCUUACGACUGUCAUGAAAUCAUGUGUUUUACCAUAUAUCCAAAUGUACACACAUGAUUUUCGUUCGAAUGGUGCAACUAGCAAGAUUAAGCUUAAUUAAAGUAGUUGUUUUGUAUUAAUUUUAUACAUAAUAAUUAUGUUGGGUUUAAGUUAUAAUUAAGACUCAUUUAGAAAAUAGGAUUACAAAUAAGUAUUACUUUAUAGUUAUAAAAAUCUUUCGAUUGUAGGAACUUUAUUCACCAUUCCACUACACUACUUACGUAAAACUCAACUAUAUGCUAGUUGUGGAACUCUAAGGGCGCCUUCAAAUUAUCCCCAAAGUGCCGCGCGACAGCAGCGUGACGGCCACGCUGCUUAAUUUUUUUUUUAAUACAAAUAAAUGACGCGCGGCGCACAUGGCACGAAUAAUUUGAGGGUAAGUAAGGACGAGCAAAAUAAAUAAAUAAGAAACUGUGACGUAAUACUCAACAUACAUGUUAUGUUUGCCAUCCGUUACUGAAUCUAUUCUGUUUCUGCUACGAAGCCAAAGACAUGCGGUGCCGUGAAGCCUUACGUCGAAUGGUUUUGCUAGUUUUAUUAUUAGGUAGACGCGUCAUUUUAUUUGUACUUAACUACACCCUAGAACGACAGCUUCAAAAAAAUAUUUUUUAGGAAAUGUAUAACAGUCUGGUUUCUGUUUACUACACAUACUGCAUACUGCUGGUCAUAAUAAAAUGAGAGUUAUGGAGCCAUUAUUGUAAAAUAUUUUAAUUGAUUCCUCUCACUUUUCAACAUUGUUCAUUUUAGAUAAUUAUUUCAUAUUGGUCUACAAAACAUAAAAAAUAUUAUACAUUGUUUAUUAUGCAUACCUUGAUUUUACUUAUUUGUUUAGAAAGUGAGUGGACACUGCUUCACAAUUAUUGCUUCAUAAUUCAUGUCCAGAAGAUAAGUAGGAAUACAUGAAAACAGAAUUACGAUUUCAAUUAAAUAUAAAUUUCUUUUAAUAAAAUUUAUACCUAAUUUAAGAUAAUAAUGGAUUAUAUUUUUAUGUAAGUAACGCAUUUACGAUCGUAUGUUCGUCGUAAAUAAAUUUUUAUUACUUUUAAUUGGUUGAAUAGGUAUACUUGAAUUUUUUUAAAUGAAUUUUUCAUUAAAUAUUAACGAUAUGAACAUUAA